GAGAAGGCUGUUAUAAAUGUAAUCUGGUGAUUUGAAUAUUUCCUGGUAUAAGUGGGCACUAUAUGCAGUUAUUUACCAGUUUGGAUGUUACCUGCACAGGACACACUGGGAGCAGCAGCUGAGGAAAUAAGCAUCCACCAUGACUUCUUCAGACAGCGAGCUGAAGAAGAUGGCUACAGAGUUAAAACAUCUUUCUCUCAAGAGAGAACAACUUCUGGAAAGGAAAAACAUUCUGUGCAUAUUUCAGGAAUUGAGGAAACGUGCUGACUUUGGACAAACAGAGGAGGCGAUCUCAAGUCAGAAUGAGAUUGACAGUAUUGAUGACGAACUAAAAAAGUUGAGAGAAAGGGAGGUUGAACUCCAAAAAAUCCAUGAUAACAUCCUCAGUGCCCAAGAUAGGAAAAGCAAGAAAGAAAUUAGUGUAUCCACCUCCAGUAGGAGUAUUGAGCCUAGUAUUGCUGUUCCUGGCUCGAAUAUUUUCUAUGUUGAGGCUCCACCUACUAUCCCUGCACCUACAGUGAUUCUGGACCUGGAAAAACUUCCACCACAUCCAUGCAGAACCCAGUGUCCAGAAUGUCGGCAGUUCAUCAUGACAGAGACUUUUACCUCUGUCAGCAGUGUGACCUGGCUGGUGUGUUUUAUGACAGCCAUGGUUGGCUGCGUCGCUGGUUGUUGCCUUAUUCCCUUCUGCUUGAAAAGGUGCAAAACUACCACACAUCGAUGUCCCAAGUGUAGAACGCCAAUCCAAUCUAUUAAAAAGCUCUGAGAGAAAA